UAUGUCAAUCACUUUGCGAUAUGUCGCUCGAGCUUAGAGAGCGCUGUAGGCUUCUCGACAACGCCGCGUCUCUGUACUUCAGUUAGUACCGCUGUUGCUCGCGCACUCUCCAGCACUCUUGACGAUGGCGCGAACAAAACUCAUGAUCACUGCCUUCAUUUCAAGCUUGAGCGCUAUUUCGCUGUUGCAAUGGUGCCACUGUUUCCUCCUUUUCAUGGACGCAGUGCUAACUGUUGCGCUCAAGUCGUCAAUGAUUACGCUCGCCCAUUUGUGAUUGGGGAUACACUUGUAAAGACUGCUCGGGCUUGCAUUUAUAUCAUUACGGCUGCUCGUAUCGCAAGCCUUCAUUUCAACAACAACGGCGUAACCAAUGCGCUAAAUUUUGCUAUCGACGAAACGAAC